AUGACGCUCAAGUAUUUGAUUAUGGGCGCUACCGGCGGCCUUGGUUCCCAAGUCCUGUCCUUCCUCGUUGCCAAUGUGCCCAGUACUGAAUAUGCCGCGGCAUCUUCGAAGGAAGAAAAUCGCUCAAAGUUCGAGGCCCAAGGAAUCGCAUUUCGCAAAGUCAAUUACGAUGAGCCUGAAUCUAUGGAAAUAGCAUUCGAAGGCGUGGAAAACCUUUUGUUUGUGAGCACAAACACAUUCGAUGUCGAGAAGCGGCGAAAGCAACAUCAAAACUUCAUCGAUGCCGCCAAAAGAUCCCAUGUUGGCCACGUUUGGUAUACUUCUUUGGCUUUUGGUGGUUUGCGCUCAGACUCCAAAGCCGAUGUGCAGCAGGCUCAUUUGAUGACCGAGGAGAUGAUGCGGCUAUCUGGCAUCAACUUCACAUCAAUUCGCGAAGGACUAUACGCCGAUGCUUUCCCAGUCUUCCUGGGAUGGUACCCAAGCACGUCAACUAUUUACCUUCCUUCGGACGGGCCUCUAGCCUUGACCUUGCGAGAUGAGCUGGCGGAGGCCACAGCCCGACUUAUGAUUCGUGGUGGUUUCGACAGACAAAUUGUCUUAUUGACAGCCAAAGAAACAGUGACUUUCACCGAGGUUGUGAAUCUGAUAAACGAGAUCACAAAUAGGAAAGUUCACUUUCAAAUCGUUCCACCGGAUGAGUUCGUUCGGUUAAAUGCCAACAACGAUGAGGGAGGAAAGCCAGAAGGAUUUUUCCGCAAGCUACUUACAUGGCAUGACGCGAUUGCCCAGGGUGAAGCUGGUGUGACUGAUCCCCUUAUGGCAGACCUGUUGGGCAGGGAUCCGACCUCACCUCGGGAGGCUAUUACAAAGUUUUUGAUGGAGGAUCGGGACUAUGAGUGGCACCAAAAUUAUGCAAAUCGUGCUUGA